CCUGCCACCGAGAUUUACUGUCUCUUCGGCAUAUCGGGGGGAACAGGCACUGUACACACACGCGCGCGCACACGCGCACACAGCCUGAGGGAGGUAAGUCCAGCCCCCAGCAGCGGGGCCAUCCUUCUGCUGCUGGAUUUUUCCAGCCAGAGCAUCUUGCCGGCUCUGCUGUAAUUUAUGGAAAUUGGUCUCUGACGUGGGGCUUUUUCUGUUACGACAGGGACCCACUGACUGGAGGAGGCAGAGCUGCAGUCAGGGCAGGGGAAGAGAGGGAGAGGAAGAAGUGGGAAGCAGAGGGACACCGCGGGAGUGGAGAGGACAGAGGCAGAAAAAGGCACAGAGACACUUCAGAGAUGAGUGAGUUAUAACUAAGAGCAGGCAGAAAGGCAGAGAAAGGGAGAGAAGGAGACCUGCGAGGAAGGAAAAGGGAAAGGAGCUCAGAGACUGAGUCAGCCUUAGGAGGGCAAACACCAGGAGACGAGUUCAGGGGACACGCCAGCAUAUCAAGAAGGACCCAUUCUGUCUGAAUCUUCACCAUGAGCACAAGGAAGAGCUGCCCCCUGCCACUGGGGCAAGGAGACCGGGAGGAAAAGCAGAGUAAGGGUACUCCUGACCUGGAGCGACAGGAGUGUGAGGUGGAGCUGAGGAACAAAGCUAUUCUGCAACAGAAGAGGCGCCUUAAACAGGCCACCCAGUUUGUGCACAAGGACUCUGCUGACCUGCUGCCCCUGGAUGGCUUGACAAGGCUUGGCACCUCCAAGGAUCUGCAGCCACAUAGUGUGGUCCAGCGGCGCCUCUUGGAAGGCAAUCUGAACAAGCUGCGGGGCGAGACCAGGGUUCAGUCUGCACGGGUUCAAUCUCCGCUGGCAAAAGACCAGGAUGAAAAGAUGGAAAAGGGAGAGGACAGGAGAAAAGAAACUUCACCCCUGCUAAUACAGUGCCAGUGCCAAGGUCAGGUAUUGAAAGCGACUGUUAACACUGGGUGUCUACCAAAUCUCAUCUCCAAGAGCUGUUUAAACCAGCUGGGGCUGGAAGAAGUAUCUGCCAUGGACUGUGGAGACCUCUCUCUUCCCAUCCCCAGCGUUGUUGGCCGAGUAGAACAUAUGGAGUUGCAAUUUGGCCAGGAGACAGUGCUGUGUUCAGCACUGGUUGUAGAUGAUGAUAUGCUGGAGUUUUGCAUUGGUCUCCAGACUCUGUUGUCUCUCAAGUGUUGCAUCGACUUGGAGGAAGGAGUCCUGAGAUUUAAAGCACUGAGUCAAGAGCUGCCUUUUCUACACACCUCUGAAGAGCCUGGUCAGUGACUGGCUGCAUUCCCCAUGUCUGGGGCUGAGGAGACUUGCUGCCAUGAGAGAGAGAUGAGGGUGAGGCUCACACGCCCCUAACCUUGCUGAGUUCUAGGCUGAGGCAUUCACUGGGGAGUGAGAAAAAGGCAAAUGGGUGCUGGAAGCUGUUGUUGCUGGGAGUGCCUCGUCUUGAGAGAUAACCCUCCUGUCAGUGGACCCUCUUGCUUGUUCCCAUGUGUGCCAAGUGGGCAUUUUGUUCUUGUUUUUCUAUCUAUCUGUCUCUAGUCACUCCAAUUCCUGCUUCUCUACUAAACUCACCCUACCCUUUUAAUGACUUAUUUUUACAAUAGCCUCUGUUCAUGAGACAAGAGAGUCUCCGUGAACAGUCUGCAGUUGUUCUGUGGACAGGAGGACAGCACUUUCUCCAAAAGCCUCCAAAGAUUGCCAUGAAUGCUUCCCUUCUCUUUGCCUCAAUGUGAGCAGAUUCUGCUCCCAUUUCUUUGCGGGAAGGGCUCUGUGGCCAGUCCACUCACCUGUGCUCUGGGAAGCUGGAUUUUGUUACUUUUUGCUGGCUCAGAGCAGAACAGAAGUAUUUUCUAGCAAAAAUCUUGCAGCAAGAACACUUUUAGAGUUCUUAAUUCUAAGAAACCUCUGCAGAAAUGCUGAGCAUAGAUGUCUAGAGUACAGCGGACACUCACAGGGGCUUGGGCUUUGCCACUUUGCGUCCUUGGCCACUAAGCUAUAUUAUAUGAAUGGCAAUGCUUAUCAUCUCUUGGUGUUAUACGUGGUAACCAGACUUGCACACCCUGUCCUUCUGACCAGGCCUCUCUUCUCCGCACUCCAGCUGCUAGAGCUACAUUCCUAUCACCUCUGCUGCAUCAUCAGAGAUCCUGCCACUCAGUUUAAAUGCUGCAAUGAAUUACAGCGCCCAGAGUCUCCUGCUCUGUAAGCUCCUUUCUUUCAACUUGAAAUCUAGUGAUUGGACACAGAUACAUGAUCAGCCUCAAGUCCCAGCAUCUUACAGCCUAUCAACUUUGCUACUCCUGCAUGAAACAAGAACUAGACUUCCUCGCAGUAUCAGCUCAGGUCAGAGAACUGUGAACUCAUCUGGGAUGACCAGGGUGAUUAUUAAGUCACUUAAUUGUUGAGGGUUUUUAAAUUUUUUUUUUAAUUGCAUCCUAGAGCACAGCUGUAUGAUAAAUACAUGCCUAUUCUUUACUAGCUCUAGGAAAGAUGCACCAGAUCAGGGCUUGUUCCAUGCCUCAUGACUACUGAUUCACUAUCCAAACUCUGCACAACGUCCCUUUGUCCACCCUUAGAAUGUCAUGACAUUCCCAUUUUGCCUAUCUUCCUGGAUUAAACACAGCUGGCUCUCUUUGUUUUUCAUCAAGGCACUCAUUGUUUCUGUUGUGCUUCUCAAAGAACUUGUGUAUGCAUUUUUGCUUUUUUCUGUUAGUCCUUUCCUAAAUCAGAUGCUGUACGCUGUAGUUUAACACAUGCUAAGGACAGCUGAAUACAUCCUGGCUGAUACGAUAUGAUGCACUUACCAGCGUUAGUUGGUGUGACUGGCAUCUGCUUCUCCUACAAGCAGCAUCAGGCUAGUGACUUUUAUUGUUAGUCAUCGUAUCUUGCAGCUUCUGAUCUGUUCCUUGGCUUCUUUGCCAUUCUUCUACUUAUGCAUCUGAUUAUUUCUGGCUGCAUGAACUGCUUUCCAUGAAUCUCCUGAAUGACACUAACAGUUCUCUCAUUUACAUCAGGACCCAUGUCUACUCAAUGAGCCUGUCUUCCAAAGUACCGGUAAUUCCUCCUGGAUUUGUAUCGCCUGCAUGUCUGACUGGCUUCUCCAACCCAGGGGUCUUUAAUGACAGUUCAGACUUGUACUAAACCAUCCUGUGUCUCAGCUAGAAUCUACAUGCUACCUGGGUCAACUCUACUGAAAAAAUCUUGUUUGUGAUAGAUGAAACACCUGUUCCUAUGUGCAGAAACUCACCUAGAUUCCAACUCUCACUGCUCUCUAAAAAUGGCAUGUGGAACAAUGGAAAACAUUCUGCUAAAGCUGACAGAUAUGUCCAUUACAUCUCUUAUUAUUCAUUAACUUUUAUGAUCUAUUAAAAAAAAAAAAGACAAACCCUAACCCUAAACAUUAAAUCUAACUCUAACCCUAACCCAAACCCUAAUCCCUAACCCUAAACUUAACCCAUACAACUAACCUUAACCCAUAAACCUAAUCCUACCCCUAAACCUUAAUGCUGGCCCUAACCCCUAAUCCUAAACACUAGCCCCUAACCAUAAACCCUAACCCUAAACAUAACCCCCUAAAUCUAACUCCCUAAGACUAACCACCUAACCCUAACACUGAACAUAACGCUAGCUAUAAAUCCUAACCCCCAAACCUAACCCUAACCCCUAACCCUAACCCCUAACCCUAACCCUGACCCUAACCCUGACCCUAACCCUAAACCUUACCGCGAACCUGAACCCUAACCCUAUCCCUAAUGAUAACCUCUAACUCUAAACCCCUAACCAUAUAACUAAACCUAAUCCCUAUCCCUAAUCCAAAUCCUAACCCUAUCUGAUGGCUUUUGCCAGUGGCCGCAAGGGGCCCUGCUUCCCUCCAGAGCACCCCACGGCUUUUGCCGGGCUCUGCUCGUGCCCAGACAGGUCUCUGCUGCCUUCCAGAGCAUCUGACAGCUUUUGCUGGGCUUUGCUGGUGCCCACAAGUGGUUGCCAAGGGAAGGGGAAGGCCACCAACAGCUUUCAGUCCUGGCCACUUCUGUGUGAGAGCCAUGCCUGGUGGGUGUCUGUUUUGGAGCUGGGCUCUGGCUAGGGUGAGGGUGUAGGUCAGUAUGUCUUCCCGAACUCAGACUGAAGCCAACAGGAAUCUUUCCAAUGAUUUAAAGGGUGCUGGAUGGGAUCUUACAGAAAAUUGGCAUGACUUUGAGUUGACAAUUCUGACUAAUGCCUGUCACUCGCAGCCCUGCAGAUACAUGCACACUAGCUGCUGUUGGAAUUUACCUCGUGCUGUUCCUACAUGUCAAGUCUUGGGAUAACUCCGCUUUUGCUCACCUUCAGAACAUCCUCCAAUCCUUCUAGAAGCCUUUCUGUGGUUCGCAUGCCUCAUUUCUCAGAUCACUAACAGUUAGGUUCCUCUGUGAAUUUAUGUGCUACAGUAGGUGAAAAUCCCCAGCCCUAUCUGUCCCUCUCUCCUCUGCAUAAUGAAUCCUUCUUUGCAUCCUCCUGAUCUUCCCCCAGGAGAAUCACUCAUUCUUCCACACUAGUAAGUGACAAAUUUGCUUCUUCCAAAAGGAAUUCUUUCCUUUUUAGAUAAUCCUUUUAAUGCUUUCCUGUACCCUGGUUGCUAAUACUCUCCCACGUUGUGCCACUAUCUUGCCAGCCUUUCCCUCUUUGUUGUUAACAAUUGCCUGUAUAAAUGUAGACUGUGCCACUUGCCAGUCAUGGAGAGGAUGUUUCCAAGCAAGUGCUAAAUUAGCAUGUGAGAGCUCUUCUUUUCAGCUGUGAAAGCAGCUCCAGAGCAGAUGACAUGCUUUUCACCUUCAUCCUGUCUGUGUCAGUUGAACAUGCAGGUCCACACAGUAAAGGUCUCUUCCACCCAGACAUUGAGGAAUCUGUUGUCAACAUUUAUCCUGGAACCUCCCCAUCAACCUUUGUUGCAGACAGAACUUACAGAAAAAAAACAUUUAUAUGACUAAAUGAGAACUGCAGGUCAUAAGACCAUGGCUGACACCUCACUUCAAUUCAUUCCCUAAAUCCCAGUCUAAUCCUAGUGUCAGUACCUUGUUUCCUCCUCAUCAAACAGAACUCCUGGUGGGUCUCCAUCUCCCAAAGUUCCUUGGCAUUAAAUGACAUCUUGUUACUGACCUUAACACAUGUAUUCUGAACUCUUGCCCAAACUGGUGGUUUUUUGUGUCAUUACAUGGGAAUACCAGCUUCCAUUGUGAAAGACAGAAAUCUUGGCUUUAAAAGAUGUGAUUAUAAAACAGGACUUACAACAUCUCAAAGAAGCAAAUUCAAUGCCAUCUACAAAUAUGGUAAUUUUUAAAAGUCUUCCUACGUUAGGGAGCCCAGUAAGUAAUUUUUAAGUAGGUUGGCAAGGCUGAAGACUGUCUCAAUUGUAGUUUCUUUUGGAAAAGCCUAUUAAAUAGAUACAUUUCCCUACCCUCAAUUCCAGUCAUCUCUAUUGCUUUUGGGGGACAAGGGAAAGGAAGGAGCUAUCUAACGGUCUUUUCCACCAGAGAUCAAAAAAUGAUAAUACUUUCAAAAGGAAAGUAGAAAUUUAGUACAAACUGCCACCUCAGAGCAGGACAUAGGCACAUCCUGUAUGCGUCCAACACUGGCUUCCUCACAAUGAGGCCCAUCCCUUCAAUACAGACAACGGAAUGUCAUUAUUUUAGGGAUAAUCUCUCUGAACCGCCUUGGCGGUCAGCUCCUACUAGGGCUACUUUCCAGUAGAGUAGACACAACAGUUGUGAAAUAGUCUGUAGGGAAACAUCUGUCACAGCAAGUCUUUGGAACAGAGAAGCAAGUGUUACCUGGCAGGUGUGAGAUACGUAUGGCCGAACCUGCCCAGGGAUGGGGAGAUGGACUUCCGAGGCCCCUUCCAAGGCCUACGUGCAAGAGGUAAACCUAUCCCAAGAACAUGCAGUCUGCCGAAGCCAUCAUCAGGGCCAUUUCCAGGAGCCUGGGGUCACUUGGUUUUGAACACAAUGGGAGCCCCAGCCAUCCAUAUUCCCAGAUGCCUGCUCCUUCUUUCACUACUAGCGGGCGAGUUGUGGAACUGAAGACCCCUGAGGCACCUACAUAUGUUUGCAGUCAGUCCUCCUUUCAAGAGACUCCACUGGCAAAUGUCAGGAUAUACCUGAAGAGUUAAAGAAAUAACUACAUUCAGCAAAGACAACAUAAAAACAAGGGCAGGGAUGGCCAGCAGGUUUAUUAUGUCUCAGGAAAAUAAAGCAACCCCCUCCCUUUAUUUUUUUGCUAGUAAAUUGAACAUCACAACCAAAGCCAUGGAUCAUUGAUCUGCAAAUGCCCCCAGUACCUGAGAAUGCUGUUGGACUCCUCACUUGCUGUGUGCUGGCACUGGGACAUACAAACGGGUCUUGCAAAUCCUGCCCUGUUGAAAAGCUUCCUGGCACCACUGGGUAUGCCAACCUGCUACUGAGUAGGAUGCAGCAAACAACAUUUUCUGCUGCGUGGGAGGGAACAACUUCUAAUUCCAACUCUGUGGCUUGUGCUGGCUGGCAAAGACAAGCAGGCAAUGAGUUACAAUGAAAGUAUAAUGUAACUUCUAGCCUACCCUGCUCCUUCUCUGAGCAGAUAUAUAUACUUCACAGAAAAUUGUUGCCAGUGAAAGUAGCCUGAAGCAUUGACUUCAGAAGUAUUCACCGUAGCCAGUCUACUAACUGUCACUUUGGAGUUCAGGGCAUGAAAAAGGAAGGAAAGUCAUCUUUUGGCCAAGGAACAGUACAGAAGUUCCAAUUAAUUCUUCUGUAGAUAGUUUUCAUUUUCCUUUGUGCGCAAGGGCCACAGGAGCCAAAUGCAUCUGCAAGUUAUUAUGUGCCAUAAGCAAUAUAAGACUGGCAGGGAAAACCCUCAAACAUUAGUGUUUUUCCUGUCAAAUGGUUUUAAGAGCUGAAGAGUUUGGGGAACAGAUGAUCUGUAGCAGCUGUAUCGUCUCUCCUCUGCUUUCCACAAUGCAGCAUGCCUAGGCUUGCACAGCACACAGCAAUGUUAUCCCCAGGCCAACAAGAGAAGAGGGCUAGGUUGCACAGGUUGCCCUGCCCAACAUUUGCACUGGUUUUGCCCCAUUUUCUUUUAAAGACAGUUCUUCCGAAAAUGUCAUCUCUCCCCCAUUAACCCUUUCCUGUUUCUUCUCAACAAUUAACAGUCCAACAGUAGAUUAAUUUGACCUUCCUUCCUUAGAAAUCAUUUGACCUGUAUAGCAAAGUUUGUUUUGCAUAAAACAGUUUCAGUCAUACACCAUUUGUAUUCCCCUUGCGCUUUUGUUGCUAAUAAAGGUUUAUAUUUGGCAUGGA